UAGCAACCCCAAGCAGUCGAGAAUCAAUCAAUCGAUCAGAAAAAAAAAAUCAUAAUGUCCUUCCCAACCAGCCUCUCCUCCCUCCCUCAACGCGAGGCCAUCGUCGACGCGCUCUACCGCUGCGUCCUCGCCUUCGAUACCGCCGAUCUCCCCCUCCUCGAAUCGGCCUUCUACCCCGAUGCCACUUUUGACAUGAACGGAGCCGUCAUGGCUGGCGUCCCUGCCAUCCGCACCGGCUGUUACGACAAGGUCUCCAAGCUGGAUACCACCCACUUCCUGAGCAAUGUCCGGGUGAAUCUGGUGGAGGGUGAAAAUAAGGCCAAGGUGACGGCGUCGGCGCUGGCGCAACAUUAUCGUCCCGGUCAGGGGAAUGAGCCUGGUGCUACAAGGCUGAUGAGUGGGAGUUUGUACUUUGUUGAUGUGGAGAAGGAUGAGUCGGAUGGUGGAUUGUGGAAGGUUAGGAGCUGGAAGAUGAAGUUGGUUUGGACGGAGGGGGAUUGGGGGGUCAUGACUGAGAAUUAG